CAGAAAAACCCAAAAGUUUCCUAGAAAUUCUGUCAUUUGUUCUGGAUGUGAGUCGAUGUGCAUUGUUUUAGACACUGGAAUUAUUGAAUUUAUUGCGAACGUAAACAUUCUUGCCCUAGUAAUUAUUCUUUCAUAUUAGUUACAGUCAUUUGCAGAUCGUUUUGCAGAAUGUCUUCCAGAAAAACUGUGAGCCGCCGUGGUACCACAAAGAAAAGAGCGCAAAGGGCCACUUCCAAUGUAUUUGCCAUGUUUGAUCAGGCUCAAAUUGCAGAGUUUAAGGAGGCUUUUAAUAUGAUUGAUCAAAACCAUGACGGUUUUGUUGACAAAGAGGAUUUGCAUGACAUGCUGGCAUCUCUAGGCAAAAAUCCAGCUGAUGAUUAUUUAGAUGGUAUGAUGAACGAAGCGCCGGGCCCAAUAAACUUUACCAUGUUUUUAACUUUAUUUGGUGAACGUCUCCAGGGUACUGAUCCGGAAGAUGUAAUCAAAAAUGCAUUCGGCUGUUUUGAUGAGGAUAAUAAUGGUGUUAUUAAUGAAGAAAGACUGAGGGAAUUGUUGACAACUAUGGGUGAUCGUUUCACGGACGAUGAAGUUGAUGAAAUGUACAGAGAAGCGCCAAUUAAAAACGGAAUGUUCGAUUAUAUUGAAUUUACCCGUAUUUUGAAACAUGGUGCUAAAGAUAAAGAUGAGCAAUAAAAAAGUAAUUUUGGGA